CACUAGCAGUACGGUAUCUUGAGGUCUAUCCUGUUCACAAGCGGAAAGAAUGGCCUCCUUGUACAUCCUGUUGGUGCUACCGAUAUUUGCCGCCCUUAGGGUUGAGGCUACUGGGAAAUGUAAUCCAGAUAUCAUCAGGAAAAUCCAGACCACCAACAACUGUCCAUGGGGAGUUCUUGCUAAGCUUAACAAAAUGGGGGUGUUCACUCAAGCCGUGUUACCAGUUGCCGAGGUCCCGGAUGUAGUCAAGUGCUGGAGUGGUUCCGUAGAUUUCCGCUUCGGCCCAUUCUCGAGGGCCCAUGCCAACAUAUAUUUCAAGGAUGGAUCAGUCAAAAGAGUAGGAUACAACCAAAUGGAAUUGUUUUGCGGCCAGGUCAACGAGUCAUUUGAGGGAGCCAACUACAAAAUCUACUUCCUGAACAUUGAUGACACAUCUGCCUGUUACUACCGUUGCCAGGAUGAUGAUAACGCAGACUUGUGUAACACAGCCGGGGAAGACUUCGGAGGUUGUGUGAUACCGGUGAGUAAGGUCGGAGACCCCGCAGCCCAGGCCGCCAUAGCAACGUGCAAGCAGUCUCUGGCUGACGUGGGAGUCACCACCCAACUCCAGGAUCUCCAGCUCUGCACCAAGUAGUCUACUUUAUAUUAAUGAAUAUACAGCUUCAUAUUAUUGUAUAAACGCAUAAAAAUAAAAUUUUUCUUCACUUUAAAA